AGAGUGGGGAUGAGUCUAUUGAGACUUAGGGACCAGGGGCAGUACCCAAGAGCCAAGAGGCACUUAUUCACUAAGACCCGGUCGAUCUCGCAAGAAGUGUUUUAGUCACUAGUGAACAUGUGCGUUCUGACCGCGCGGUUCUUUCUCGAUUUUCCUCCUACGUUAAACUAACAGAUAUGUGUGUUAUGAACAAAUAAAGCAACAAUUUUCGCGACAGUUUACAUGGAUUAAGUGGUUUCAUACAGGAAGAAUUGAAAAAGCGAAAAUGGCUCUGUUCCUAGCCCUUUUGUUUAUUGGCUCGUGUCACGGGAUUGUUUGGGGACCAGCCGGAGGAGAUAAGUGUACAACUGCUCUGAAGAAUACUUUUUAUGAAGAUAGAGCCAGUAUUGUGGACGAAACAGCACUGAGACUCAAUUCCACCUGGUUAUCACAAGAAUGCGAAGCUCGGGCUGGACCAGAAUAUUUGAUACGGAAAUACACAUUUUAUCCGAAUGGGACAUUUUCACUCUUGAGGUACCAUUAUGCAGAUGAAUCGUGUACCAUUCCCACACACACUGUUAAUGCUCAUGGUGAAAUAAAAUUACUAUCAACAGUCACAAAGGUACUGGGAGCCACAGGAACAAAGUAUUUGUUGCACACAGUUCACAUAGUACCUCUCAACCAACAGAUUGCACAUAAAUUCGAACACCGACUUAACGUUUCCUGUAGUCCGCAAGCAAAGUGGCUACCCUUCACUCACCAGCUGAUUUAUGAAGCGCACACAAGGUUUUCAAAUUUACAUUGGAAUGAUGGUUCAAGGUUCAACAGGCUCAAAGGCCACCUACCAAAAUACAACCACCGGGGGGUAGAUUGUUUACAAUCGCUGGGUAUCGAUUUUGGAGAGCUGGAACUCGUCAGGGUUCAACAGAAGCCACCCAGUGCAAAUGUCUUUAAUGUCUUUGGCCUUGGAUCUAAUGCGCAACCCGAGAUCGAACUCUUCUUGGCUGGUUUACCUGCAAACAAGAAAUCCCGAAUGUCUCAUUUUCCCAGUUCGUUACAGUCAACGGCCUUGCUUCGAAGUGACACGGCAUUGAAAUGUCCAAUUUGCCGUUUAGUCAGCCGGGCUACAGAAAGCAGUCCUCCCUUGCUACUUGAGGAUGUUUCACUACCCGCUUUUUUGGGUGGAUCAUGGCUGAGUAUCAGGUGUGAAAGUAUCACACACGGUCUAUGGGCCAGACGACAGCUUCAAAUGUACUCUGGUGAUAAACUUUGGAACGGUCGUUGGGAUUAUUAUCAGGAUCCACGAUGUUCUUCACACAUGUACUCAAUCACAGCUGCUGGAAGUUACGUUCAACGAGCCGGUCGACAAAGACGACAUGAAGAGAUGGAGAGAUACGUGGAAGAAAAUCUUUUUUUGAACGAGUUGAAAAGAGGCUAUACAGACGACAAAGUCUCAUUGUCGAAUACUGAUGUCAAAAGCUACCGAGAUUUUUCAAGAAAGAAAAGAGAAGCCCCAAGUGCUAGUCAGAAGAAUACUGUUGCUGAGUGGAUGUCUCCGCAAUUGGCACGAAACAUUUUCGACAUAUAUGCUUCGAAGAAAAUGAGGCAUGAGGAGAUGUUGCCAACUCCUGAAGAAAUUAAUGAAGCUCUGGGAACUUCUCUUAGCGGGGAUGCAAAAACAUCAAUCCCGGAUGAAGAUGAUGGUGAAAAUGUAUUGACUUCACCAGUAACAACCAGAAGGAAGAGAAACACCCAAGAAAAAGACUCCUAUCGGCAUCUGUUGGAAAAUGCUCAACCUUCGAUGGCUGAAUCAUAUACAGCGAUGUUGAGAGGAAAUCAGCGUCAUGUCGAAACAAUAAAAAAACCUCUGAAACCUACAGUACCUGCAGGGACGACAGAAUUGGAUCUUCACGUUGCAGAAAGCUUUUUGAUUCCUGGUGACUCUUUUGUUGCAUCUCGAUGUGGAGGUCAUUUACUUGGAGUUGACGGAUACAGAGAAGGAGAUGUUUUGGUCUCGUGGCCCAGGUCAUGUGUACCGCAUUCAUUGGAAGCUCCUUCAACUCUUGGAUUGAGAGCCAGACUUGGCGUAAAUUGGAUGGGCCAGUACACUUUAAAACUUGGUCAUCGAGAUGAUGACCUUUGGGAAGCUCCACUUCAUCAGUGUGGACCAACUGAUUUGCAUAAUCCAUCACUCAGAGCCCAACUGCGAAGAAGUCUUGGAAUCAAGUUUGGUCUCUAUUCAUCUAGCGCCAGCUUAACUCAAUCCUAUUGGUUAAUUUCUUGUCAAUUCUUCUUCUUCUUGGUCUACCGAUUCACGAAUUAUUAAGUGGAACGAGAAAAGUUGUAUAUGCUUUGAUUUUGAAUAUCAAAAACAAAUGCAGACUUCAGGGUAGAGUUGUUACUAUUUUGGAAAUCAUUGACGCUUGCGUUUCUUCUUCUAUUUAACAAACUAAGGGUUGAAAUGAUUAUGUUUAUAUGUACAAAGAAAAUUAAUCUAUGGAAGUUACUGUCAUUGCGCGUAAAAUAAUCUAGUUUUACGCAAACUAUUUUAUAAAUUUAGGUAAAUGUGUAAAUUUCUGUAUAGUAUAGUUUUAAAAAUUUAGUGCGGGUAAUACUUGUUAGACAGAAAGGUUAUUCCUGGGAUAACAUAGGAUAUCCUGGAAUG